AUGAUUCAGAAUUCGACUGAAACUCGAGUGAAAGAUAUGAAGACUCCGUGUGCUGACUCUCACACUGCAGCAAACAACGUCAGAAACUCCCAAAACUGGCGAAAAGACGAGUUUCUAUGUCGAGAUAACAUUAAUGUCAACAGGCGUCAUGUAAAGGAAGAACAAAAAUUGGAACUGGGUCAACUGCUAUACUAUGAGGAGAUGGCGAAAAAUGAAUGCACAAGGCUAAUUUUGAUUUGGUUGAACAAGGAUAGUCUGGAUAAACACAGUACUCACAAAAAAAAGAUCAAAAAACAGCGUGCAAAGAUUGGUUCUGAAGCUGUUCUCAAUGAUUUGAAUGUCAUAACAACAAAACACCUUGAUGCUAACACACAGUAUGAAAUAUAUAUUUAA